GUGUCAAUGACCAAUCAACAGGCAGCAGCCUGUCAGUGACGUUUCAGCAUGCGCCGGAAGUGUGGAGGAGCGCUCGGCUCGAUCGGCAUGACUUUCCAUCAGGAGCUGCAGGCCGCAGAUCGAUCAGACAAAAUGCGGUUUUUAGAGGCAUAAUAGCGGAUUUGUCUCAUGACAGGACCGCGCAGCUCCGCUUGAGGCCGCUGGAUGGAGAAACAGCAAAUAUAGCGAGCUAACCGGGUUGAGCAGGAGAGGAGCGAGUGUGUGUGUGUGUGUGAUUUUGUGUGUGAGGUCACCGGCGGCAAUGAUGGAACAGAAGUGCAACAUUCAGAUCAUUGAAUGGGAAGAUCUGGACAAGAGGAAGUUCUACUCGCUGGGCGUCUUCAUGACCAUGAUUACACGGGCCACCGUCUACCCGUUCACCCUGAUCCGCACCAGACUGCAGGUCCAGAAGGGGAAGUCGCUCUAUAACGGCACCUUCGACGCCUUCUGGAAGAUUCUGAAGGCCGAGGGGGUGCGUGGCCUUUAUCGAGGGUUCAUGGUCAACACGUUGACGCUUAUCUCAGGUCAGGCCUACAUCACUACCUACGAGCUGGUACGGAAAUACGUGUCCUGUUACUCGUCCAAUAACACGGUCAAGUCUCUGGUGGCGGGAGGCGCGGCCUCACUGGUGGCCCAAAGCAUCACGGUGCCCAUCGACGUGGUGUCCCAGCAGCUGAUGGUGCAGGGUCAGGGCUGUCAGCUCACACGCUUCAAACUCAAGCCCAAGAGAGUGAUGGCCACGUCCAAACACAAAGUGACAUUUGGUCAAACCAGAGACAUUGUGGUUCAGGUUUUUCACACGGAUGGAUUUCGGGGCUUUUAUCGUGGAUAUGUGGCGUCGCUCCUCACCUACAUACCCAACAGCGCCGUCUGGUGGCCAUUUUAUCACUUUUAUGCAGUUUUCCUGCAUUACUCGUCUGCUACUAUGUCCGAAGUAGAACCGUUUCCUUCCAAUCACGAGCUAGCCGCUGCAACUCAAGCCACCGGCUCGAAGACGCCGUCUUCUUAA